AUGGCCCUGUUAGCUAGUUCCACCCUCAUAGCCAUUACCCUCCUCGUUGUCAUUCCCUCCACUCUCGCCGAUGCCAAAUUCAUCUCCGAAGUAUGCGACGGCAUUAGUGACCGUCCCGACUGCGUGGAGGUGCUCAGCUCCGACCCACGGAGCGUGAAUGCGACCACCAGGGAAGAGCUCCAAAGCAUCUCACUGGACAUCUGCACUGCUGCCGCCAGGGAAGGCGAAAAGACCUGCGAGGAAGAGAAGGCCAAGCACGAGCACGAGCGCGAUGAGAAACUGGGGUUGGCACUGAACAUGUGCAGCAGCGAAUACAACCAAGCCGGCCAUACCCUCGAGAACGCACGCACGGACUUCGGCAACCAUGCUUACAACGAAGCGGCACGAAAGAUUGGCGAGGCUAGCUUAGCCGCAGAUAAUUGCGAGAAGGCGUUUUAUAAUCAGGGGGCGAACAACGUCAUGAAACAAAUGAACAAGAAAAUGUAUGAUCGGUGCGACAUCUGCUGGCAGCUUAUAUUUUGA